AAGUCAUUGACGGGCAAAACAGGUCUUGGCUUGGGUCUCGUCUAUAGCUGUACAUCUCUCUGGUUUCUCUCCACAGCUUGUAGUUCAGUGACGUCAAAUCACAGCACUGAGUAUGAAGUAGUAAAGAGGAAACUCAGAUCUCUGAUCUAUUCAACAACAUUCAUAGCUGGGCUGCAUCCAUCCAGCAUUAUCUCAAAUUUGGACACAACCACCAAGAAAUUCAAACCUGCAAUGGCGAACACUGUCUUGGAAGAAUCUUCCUCAACCUCUGGUGCUUCUAAUUCAACUCUAACUUGGAAAUAUGACGUUUUUCUGAGUUUUAGAGGAGAAGAUUCUCGCUUGAAGUUUACUGAUCACUUGUAUCAUGCUCUUACUAGAAGUGGGAUCAGAACUUUUAGAGAUGAUGAAGGACUUGAGAGAGGAGAAGUUAUAUCAGCACAGCUCAUUCAAGCAAUUAAGGAUUCUCGCUGCGCAGUUGUGGUUCUCUCUCAAAAUUAUGCAGAUUCCAAAUGGUGUUUGGACGAACUACAACAAAUUCUUGCAAGCAUGAACGAAAUGGGUCGACGAGUUUUUCCAAUCUUCUAUGAUGUAGAUCCAUCUGAUGUAAGAAAUCAAAGAAAAAGAUUCGGAGAAGCUCUGGCCAAUCAUGAAAAAAGACACAGAGGAAACAUGGACACAGUGCAGAUUUGGAAAAACUCUUUAUCUGAAAUUGGAAACAUAUCUGGUUGGGACACCAGAAGUCGGCCCGAAGCGCACCUUAUCGAUGAAGUAGUGGGAGCAAUAUGGAAAUAUUUAUGCUCCCAAUUACCAUCUUAUGAUGAUAAUCUGGUUGGCACAAAGCGAAGAAUGGUUGAUCUAAUGUCAUGCUUGGAGAUUGGGUUGGAUGACAUUUACUUUGUUGGGAUAUGGGGUAUGGGUGGUGUCGGCAAAACAACUCUUGCAAGAGUUGUUUAUGAACAAAUCUCUGACAGAUUUGAAAUGUAUUGCUUUCUUGCCAAUGUUAGAGAAACUUUGCAAACAAAAGGCCUAGUCUCUUUGCAGAAAAGACUUCUUUCUUAUCUUGGCAUAAACAAGAAAAUUCAUGAUGAUUAUGAAGGAAUGAAGAUGAUAAGAAAGCUUUUUUGCAAUAAAAAGGUUCUUCUUGUCCUUGAUGAUUUAGAUGAUACUAGUCAAUUAGAGAAGUUGGUUGAAAGUUCAAAUUGGUUUGGUAAAGGAAGCAGAAUAAUUAUCACAACAAGAAAUAAGCAUGUGCUCACUUCAUGUGGAGGGAAAAUAUAUGAGAUGAAAGCCAUGGAGAAAGUUGAGUCUCUUCAACUUUUUUCUAAGAAAGCAUUUAACAAAGAUCAUCCUGAAGAAGGUUAUUGGAAGUUAUCUAAAUCUGUGGUUGCAUAUGCAGCAGGUCUUCCUUUAGCACUUAAAGUUCUAGGUUCUUUUCUUUGCGGAAGAAGUAAAGAUGAAUGGAUCGAUACUUUGGAUAGGUUGAAGAAAAUUCUAGAUAUUAAUAUUCUUAAAAUACUUAAAAUAAGUUAUGAUGGAUUAAAUGAGAUAGAAAAGACAAUAUUUUUAGAUAUUGCUUGUUUUUUUAGGGGUUGGAGAAAAGAUGAAGUGGCCCAAGUUUUGAAAGGUUGUGAUCUAAACCCAACAAUUGGAAUAGAAGUCUUGUUUGAAAAAACUUUACCAGUUGAAACGGAAGAUUUUUUGGGAUAUUCUACUUUAGAGAUACAUGAUUUACUUGAAGAGUUGGGUAAGGACAUUAUUCGUGAAGAAUCUCCCAACGUUGGCAACCGUAGCAGGUUGUGGAAGUUAGAGGACAUUAAAGAAGUAUUGGAAAAUAACAUGGGAUCAGAAGCAACACAAGUUAUUGUUAUGCGAGGAUUUUAUGGGAACUUACAUAAAAGAAAAGUACACCCUGAGGCCUUUUCAAAGAUGAAUAAUAUUAGAUUGCUCAUAAUGAAUGCAGCCGAUUGUGAACUCAUCUUACCAAGGGAAUUGAAACUUUCUAGUGCAUUGAAAGUUGUUCAUUGGCCGCAAUUUCCUCUUGAAACUCUCCCACUUCCCUUGGAUAAACUUGUUCAUAUUAAAAUGCAGCAAAGCAAAAUAAAACACCUUUGGAAUGGUAGACAGCCUAUGGAAAAGUUGAAAUGUAUUGAUCUAAGCAAUUCUUUCAAUUUGAUUGAAACUCCGGACUUCUCAAGAGUUCCAAAUUUAGAACAUUUAAAUCUUUAUUCCUGUCAAUCCCUUGUCAUGGUUCAUCGCUCACUUGGAGAGUUGAAAAGGCUAGUUGAGGUGAACUUGAGUGAGUGUAGCAAUCUUGAAAUCCUACCAAGAAAAUGGGAAACAAAUUCUUUAGAAAAGUUAGAUCUAAGUAGGUGUGGAAAAGUUGCAAUGUUCCCAGAGUUUGGGGAAGGCAUGAAGAAACUAUCAUAUCUUGAUGUGAGUGGUACUGCUAUAACUACAUUUCCAGAGUCACUUGAUUCAUUGACAGGUCUUGGAUAUUUGAAAUUGAGUGGCUGCUACAAGUCAGUGAAGACUAGUCCUGUGAAUCACCAAAUUUUUUGCUUGAAUCUUACGUUGUUAACAGAGUUAUAUUUACUAUGUUGUGGCUUAAAUGAGGGAUCAAUUCCUGAUAAUAUUAGUGGUUUAUCAUCACUCAUUGUAUUGGAUCUAAGAGGAAAUGAUUUUGUUAAUCUGCCCACGGGUUGUUUCUCUGGUCUCUUUCGACUUCUCUAUCUUUUUUUGGAUGAUUGCAAAAGGCUCAAGUCAUUGCCAAGGCUUCCACUACAGUUGAUUCGGUUAAGUGCAGUUGGUUGUGAUUCAAUGGAACCUUUAUCAGGUCGACAGCAAUGGAAUUUGGUUGCUUCACAUGACCAUGAGUAUCGUCGGCAAAUUGAAUAUGUAAAUUCUGAUCAUGAGAGGCAUGAUAGUUAUUUUGUUCCACCGUUGAUGUUCAAGCAUGUUAAGUCAGAAUGUCUGCCCCAAAGAGAUUUUGUUGCAACUAUACCAGCUGGAUGCAAAUUACCAUCAUGUUGUACAAGUAAAGAAUAUCAUCUUUUGGAUGAGUACAGACGAGAAUGUGAGAUAAAAGUGGACAUACCUCUAUAUCUCCGUGAAAGUGAAUGGUUUGGAAUUGUAGUAUGCCUCCAUGUCUCAGGUGAGAGUGGUGUGAUUUGGUGGGGUAGUAAGGCUGCUGCAGGAGAUGAUUAUAUAUGCAAAGAGUGGGCACAUGAUAUUGAUAUUUGGGAAUCUUAUAAGACUCCUUCUCAUCUGUGCAUAUUAAUGGUGUUGGAAUUAAAUGAGAAAACAUGUUGGCAACAUCUGACACCUCAUAACAAUUCCCUUCACAUUUUACUUUCUACUUUCCAAAGUUCUAACAUUGAAAUAUUGGGAUGUGGGUGGAGAGUGAUAUGUAAAGAAGAGAUGCAAGUGAAUCUCAUCCGACCACCACUACUUCCUACUCCUCAUCAGGUCAAGCUUUCACCAACACUUCAUCAAGUAGUUGCAAAAGUUUGGGGAGAAGAGAGAAAAGAGGUACCCAAUCUGCACAAGUGGUGAAAACGAACAAAUUUCUCAAGAGAAGGUGAUGAAAUGACGAUGUGGUUUUUCAUAUAUAGCAUUAUGUAUUCAGUUAUCAAGUAGGAUUAACUCAAAUGAUGAGUAGCUUUCUGACUGAGAAGAAUGAACAAGACAAAAUGUACUUUGCCUUCUCUUUCACUUUUUU